GUUAGACCAAAGAUGGCAGCUUAGUAGGAGUGAAAAUAGACAACAACUUAAUUUAGGCUCAUUUAUAUUUGAAUUUGAGCGGAAAAGAAUUGAUAGGUAUGCUCAAAUAAGCACGCCAUUUGUUUAUGUUUCAAUUAAAUGGCUGAAAAGACACCUAACAUGAAGGUGUUGAGCCAAACAGAACCAGGUUUACAGAUAAAAAGAGGAGGCAUCUCAUCCCGUGGUCGACUCCAGUCAUUUCGGUCACCCAGAGACCUGACCCUUGGUGGAACUUCCAAGAGGACUUAUGCACCAACAAUACCUGUACGAAGAAUCAAAGAAGAACCCAAGGAUGCACCUUCCGAGCAAAAGUCACGACGUGAUCCUGGGCAAACAAGACCUCAAGGAAGAGGUCGUGCUAGAGGUCAAGGUCGUGGUCGUGGUCAACCAAACCUAAUCCAGUCAAAAUCGAUCUUCUCUGAAGGACUGGUUGCCAAAACAGUUUCAAGUCAGCCUCGUGCUCCAAGCUAUGGUAAUGAUGUAGGCGGUGGCUCGGUUAGUGGUGAAAGAUCAAAAAUGACCACCGUCAAGUCUGAAAAAGGUUUCGAAGAGUCUCAAAAAAUCUUGAAGAUGCUCGAUGAAGAUGGCGUCAUGGAAGUCGAUGAGAAAGGCGGUGUUCUACCCAUGCACAUACCACUUGCUCUGCACGACCGUUUCUCCAUGGAGGUGAAAGAUGGCGAAGAAAUAUCGACCGUUGCAUUCGAGGAGAUGGAUACAACGGACAAAAUACCAUUUUCGAAACCGCCUGGCACAUCUCAAUACAGGGCGACCACCUCACAACGAAUGACAUGCGGAGAGCUGCUGACCAGUGACGAGUCGUGGAGAAAACAACAGAUGUUGUUCUUUCAACUACCGGAUUCUCUUUCGAAGAAAAUGUUUGAUGACAACCUGAAAAGCAUGAAGAAAAAGAAUGAAGAAAAAGCUUUAAGGCUGGAAGACAUUCCCGAGGGCUAUAUUGGAAAGAUUCGCGUUCACAAAUCUGGACGAGUGCGUUUCGUCAUGGACAAUAUUAGUUUGGACGUGUCGGUGGGAACGCCAUGCAAUUUCCUACAGAAACUUGUUUCCGUUCGUCCUGAAAAGGGAACAAUGACGACACUUCAUCGAAUCAAACAACGUCUCGUAUGCACUCCAGAUUUUGAAGAUUUGUUGACACGCGAGGACACGUGACUGCCUCUAAACGACCAAUCAAUGACGGGGACGUGCUUCCUAAAAAGGCACGUCAAUCAACCAAACGAUGGAAUUAGUACGAGGCUUUUCGUUCGGCCACAAUGUUAUUUUUGUGGCUCGUAAAUUUUUAAGAAAUCGUGUUCAGGGAAAAAAGAAAAGAUUUUUUUAUGCCCGUGAAACAUGGCAAGGAAAGUAUGCAUUGGAGAAAAUUCACGACGGAGAUUGUGUCUAUUUUUUGUAAACGGAUCGUUGUGUAAACUUAUUAAUUUGUGUACAUUGAAAGUUCGGCAAAACUUUCCCUUUCGAUUGCGAUGAUUUGAUAAUUUGCUAUGCACUAGUUUUGUUAGAAGUCCAUUCUUGCUAAACAUGGGAGGCUUUUUUGUUUCUUUUUUUCUACUCGAGUAAGUUAUCUGACGUGACCCACCAAUUUAAAUGCACUUUUUAUUUAAUCGGAGGGCAGUAGUUUUGCCAUGUAGCUAUAUGAUGAUGAAUGCCUUAUUAUUUUAAUUGAAAAUGUUUAUGAAACAAAAUUUUUUAGCUAUUCAAA